AUGAAAUCAGCAUUCAAGUCAGAGUACCCUUUCGAGAAAAGGAAGGCGGAAUCGGAGCGAAUCAGCCAGAAGUUCGAAAAUCGAAUUCCAGUGAUCUGCGAAAAGGCAGAGAAAUCGGACAUCCCGGAGAUCGAUAAGCGCAAAUAUCUCGUCCCAGCAGAUCUAACCGUGGGACAGUUCGUGUACGUGAUUAGAAAACGGAUCAAGUUACCUGCGGAGAAAGCUAUUUUCAUAUUUGUGAAUGAUACGUUGCCUCCAACGGCAGCGUUGAUGUCUGCCAUUUACCAGGAGCACAAGGACAAGGACGGGUUUUUGUACGUCACUUACUCUGGAGAGAACACUUUUGGCAGCAAGUAA